CUUCAUUGGAUGCUUCUUGGACCAUCCAAAGCCCAUAUUGGAGUGGAACCAGUCCAAGAUGACCGUUGCCAUUCCUGCUCAUGGUGAAGCCACUUUUUCCAUAUUCUCUCCGGCUUCGAAUAUAUUCCUCCCUUUCUCCCUGACUUAUAUGAUUCGCAUCUCACUUCGGAAGUAAAUCCACACCACAAAGACAACAAGAAUGGAAGAUCUGCUCUCCCAAUUCAACUUCCUCUCAGAUCAGGCUCUCAGCGACGAGAGCUUCGAUCCGUCGGCCAUCCAAGAUCUCAUGGUGCUCUUCGAGCUGGAGUCCUACAAGGCGUGGGCCGCAAUGGAGCUCGAGCACAAUAAAGAAGUGGAAGAGGCCGAGAACUCCAUGAGAGAGGCCGAGGACUAUCUCGAUUCCGUCAUGGAAAGCGCCAUGGAAGAGUACCGGCGAUUCGAAGAGGAAAUGGAGCGGGAGGCCAAGUCUCAGCUCGACAGCCUGGUUCAGGUUGCGGAUUCGGCCAGGAAGAUGGGGAAGACGAUGGAGAAAGCUGCUUCCGUGGCUGCGAAGAAGUACAUUGAAGCUGCGGUUAAUUCUGCUAGCGCUUCGAUGAAAUCGGCUUGGAAGGGGCUGUCCUCACACAAGGUUCAUCCUUCUUGAAGAACCGAUCCUCUGUACUUGUUGUUAUCCAUCGCUUUGUAUUCUGCAACUAUGAAAUUGUUAAUUGUCUUAAGCUAAUCACUUAAAAGUCCGUCUCGAUUCAUCUUUCUUCUUCCUUGAUGUGAGAGAAAAGUAGAUCCGAGAAAGUUAACCUUUGCGUGA